CCGGGGCCCUGAAGUCAACCAUACUUCUCUUUCCUCUUCCUUCCCUGGGCUGCUUUCUGUUCCUCUGCGUCCUGUCUGUCUUCUUUAUUUUUAGUUUGGUGAACACCGGCCAGGAUGGCGGAGCUGGAGGGUCUGGAGUUUGGUAAAUCGGACUUUGUUCUCCUGGAUGAGGUGACGAUGGAGCAGUUUAUGGAGAAUCUGAAGCUGAGAUUUGAGAAGGGACGCAUCUACACCUACAUUGGAGAAGUAGUGGUCUCUGUAAACCCGUACAGACAGAUGGACAUUUAUGGCAAAGACACCAUUGAAAAAUAUCGGGGCCGGGAGCUGUAUGAAAGCCCUCCUCACCUGUAUGCCAUUUCUGAUGCAGCAUAUAAGGCCAUGAAGAGACGAGCCAAAGACACCUGCAUUGUUAUUUCAGGUGAAAGUGGGGCAGGAAAAACAGAAGCUAGUAAAUACAUCAUGCAGUACAUUGCAGCCAUCACAAACCCAAGCCAGAGGGCUGAGGUUGAGAGUGUGAAGAAUGUGUUGCUGAAGUCCAACUGUGUACUGGAGGCCUUUGGGAAUGCCAAGACAAAUCGUAACGACAACUCCAGCCGCUUCGGCAAGUACAUGGACAUCAACUUCAACUUCAACGGCGAUCCCACCGGAGGACACAUCAACAACUACCUGCUGGAGAAGUCCAGGGUGGUCCAGCAGCAAGACGGGGAGAGGAACUUCCACUCAUUUUACCAGUUACUGCGUGGAGGCUCAGAUGAGUUGCUGGAGUCGUUUCAUCUACAGAACGAUCCUGCCGUUUAUACGUACACCAGAGAGGGAGCUGAAACCGCUACCUCCAACAACGAUCGCUCGAACCACAAAGCUGUGAUGAGUGCCCUGCAUGUGAUUGGCUUCUCAGAGGAGGAGAUUAGAUCUAUUUAUCAGAUCCUAGCCUCAAUUCUUUUAGUGGGUAAUUUGCAGUUUGAGAGUGACCAAGAAAGUGUUCAGAUCAAGGGACAGGAAGCUGUUGAUCACAUAGCUGAGCUGACCGAUACAGACCCGGAGAAAGUCAGUAAGAGCCUGCUGUACCGCACUGUGGCCACAGGAGGUGGUGAAGUCAUAGAGAAGGGACACACAGAGAAGGAGGCGUGCUUUGGACGGGACGCCUUUGCCAAGGCUCUGUAUGAGAGGCUUUUUGGCUGGAUUGUAGGCCGCAUCAACAGUGUCAUAGAAGUAAAAGACUACAACCCAGUGCUUCAUGGGAAAAACACGGUCAUUGGUGUGCUGGACAUCUAUGGCUUUGAGAUCUUUGACAACAACAGUUUUGAACAAUUCUGCAUCAACUACUGCAACGAGAAGCUGCAGCAGCUCUUCAUUGAGCUCAUCCUCAAACAGGAGCAAGGCGAAUACCAGAGAGAGGGCAUCACCUGGCAACACAUUGAUUACUUCAACAACCAGAUCAUCGUGGAUCUUGUGGAGCAGCCACACAAAGGAAUCAUCUCCAUUCUGGAUGAAGCUUGUCUCACAGUUGGUAAAGUCACUGAUACAGUCUGCCUGGACAGUAUGGACACCAAACUGGCCCAGCACCCCCACUACACCUCCCGCAAGCUCAGCCCCACAGACAAAACCAUGGACUUCCAGAAACACUUCCGAAUUCGCCACUAUGCUGGAGAUGUCACAUACUCUGUGGAGGGAUUUUUGGAUAAAAACAAGGACAUGCUUUUCCAAGAUUUCAAGCGCCUCAUGUACAACAGUGCCAACCCAGUCCUGAAGGAGAUGUGGCCAGAUGGUCAGCUGAGCAUCACCGAGGUCACCAAGAGGCCUCUAACUGCAGCCACCCUCUUCAAGAACUCCAUCGUGGCCCUGGUGGAUAAACUAGCCUGCAAGGAGCCGUACUAUGUGCGAUGCAUAAAACCCAACGAGAUGAAGUCUCCUGUGUUGUUUGACGACGCUCGCUGCCAGCACCAGGUGGCCUACCUGGGCCUGUUGGAGAACGUGAUGGUGCGCAGGGCGGGCUUUGCCUACAGGCAGCCAUACAUCCGCUUCCUGCAGCGGUAUAAAAUGACAUGUGAGUACACCUGGCCGAACCACCUGAUGGCGUCAGACAGGGAAGCCGUGGAGGCUAUCGUCACCCAGCAUGGCUUCCAGGACGACGUGGCGUACGGACACACCAAGCUGUUUGUCCGAACACCGCAGUCUCUCUACAAUCUGGAGCAGGAAAGAGCAGCCCUCAUCCCGAUCCUGGUGCUUUUCCUGCAGAAGGUGUGGCGUGGGGCUUUGGCUCGUAUGAGGUGCAGAAGAAUGAGGGCUAUUUACGCCAUUAUGGGCUGCUACAAGCGCUACAAGGUGAAAGCUCAUUUCUGGGAAGUGGAGCGGAGGUUUGCUAAUGUGCGAACCAUGGCCGACUAUGGAAAAAGCGUGCAGUGGCCGAUCCCGCCUGCAGCUCUGUCCCGGUUUCACCAGAUCACAGUCAUGCUGCAUCGUAGGUGGUGGGCGAGGCAGAUCAUCAAGAACAUCCCUCCGUCUGACAUGCUGGAGGUUCGUGCUAAAGUGGCAGCUAUGACUGCCCUGAGUGGAGAGAGGAAAGACUGGGGAGUUAGCCGAGCCUGGGAGAGGGACUACCUCGCUAAUGUGCGAGACAGCCCUCAGACCAGCUCGGGCUUCAUGCGCGUUUCAAAGGAGCUUAGGAACAAAGACGAGUACUCUCAGGUCCUCUUCUCAGGCUUCUGUAGAAAGGUGAAUAGAUUCAACAAAAGCACAGACCGAGGUCUGCUCGUCACAGACAAGUACGUCUACAAAUUAGAGCCAAAGAAACAGAACAAGGUUCUGAAGAGGCUUCCUUUGGACACUUUCACAGGACUCAGUGUGACCAGCGGCGUUGACCAGAUGGUGGUGCUACACACGUCCACUCAGGAUGAUGUCCUGCUGUGUCUGCAGAGAGGGCAGCUGUGCCCAAACCAGGACCGAGUGGGCGAGCUGGUGGGAUCGAUGGUGGACCACUUCACACGGAUAAAAAAGGUCUCGUUUCCUGUGAAGGUUUGCCGCUCUGCCUUGCAGCUCCACAUGCGGGGAAAACCAAAAACCGUCACAGUGGAGUCUAAACCUGGCCAGGCCAAUGCAGAUUUCAAGAAGUCUCGAGAUGGUUUUAUCCUGCUCGUCCCAGCGAACUAAAAUAUAGUCAUCAACAGCAGUUUCAUCUGAGGGAACUGGAUGAGACAGCAUUGAUAUCAGAACUGAUCAGACUGUCAUUGUGCCUCAUUUAUACGACAAAAUCAACAAUGUUAAUCUCUAAAUUGAGAUCAUGCUUUUAAAACCAGCUGUAUAGUAGCAGGAGUGUUUGAAUAUUUCUUGUCAAAGGUUUUACAGUGUUAACAGAGGGCAGAGAUGCUGGGAGAGUCUAUUUUCUUUACUUAGAGUUGCAGAAGAAAGAUUUGCACUGGACAGUCAUUAAACUUCUACGUAUAUUUGUAAGAAAUUUUGAGAAAGUUGUUUUUUAUGUUAGUUAUGAAACUGUUAAGAUUCAUUUUAUUUUGCUGUUGCAACAAAAGACUUUUGGAAAUAUUUCUACAAAAUGAAAUGGAAUGACAUUAUAAAGAAUAUGCACUUUGUAAAUGACAGAUUGUACAUCCCAAUGCAAACAUGCAAUCAAGAUGAAACAUUCAAAGAUAUUUUUGAAUUAUUUUUGUGCCUUUUCUCAUGCUGUUGCAAAACAAGAAGACUGGAAAUUAUUCCGUGUCAGAAGUAAUAAGAAGUGGAAAACAGAAAAGAAGACUGUGGAAGAAAAUAAAUUAUUCAGGAUUUACUGAAGCGAGUUCUCUUUGUGUUAAUUUCUCCCGAUGCUUCACACAUGAACAAACAGCAUGCUGUAACGCUGGCCAGACUAGUCUGCAUUAUU